UUACUCUUGUAAUAUCAAGUUCUGUAAUUUUCUCCACUUUUUGGUUCAAAGAUUUGAUUUUCUCUAUUAUUUUUACUCCAGUUCUGUAAACUCCAUUCCCGCAAGUCCUUGUUAUUGCGGGAAUGGAGUUUUUGGCUUCGUAGGUUUGAGUUUUUAGCUCAGCAUGAAUUAACAAAUAUGUUCCAAGUUGGCUAUGGCAUAAUACCUUGCAAUCUUAGGCCUUGUUUGGUGUGAAGGAUUAGAUGGGAUUGGAUUGGACUGGAUAGAGAUAACUGCUAAAUUCAAUGUUUGUUGAAUGAAAAAAAAAUGGAUGUCGCUCCAAGUUUGCUUCUAGAUGGAAAACUGUAAUUGGGUUUAUGUGCUUUAGUGAUUUAUGAACUUUUGCAGUGCUGCUUUUUUAUUUUGGCUGAGCAAACUGGGUUUUUAUAAGUCAUGAUUUUUAUCGGUUUUGAAAAUUUCUUCAAAACCCAUCAACAAUUUUAUUUUUGAUCAUUGUCACCGGCCGUGUAAGUUUAUCUUGCGCUGCCAGUCUCAAGCCAGGAAAGGGCAUCAGAGAUUGGAGGGUCUUCUUAAACUACAAGAGAACAGAGAAUGCGCAGACUGCAAAACCAAAGCUCCACGAUGGGCUAGCGUGAAUCUUGGUAUCUUCAUAUGCAUGCAAUGUUCAGGGAUCCACAGGAGUCUUGGGGUACAUAUAUCACAGGUGAGAUCUGCCACUUUGGAUACAUGGCUCCCAGAGCAGGUUGCGUUUAUCCAAUCUAUGGGAAACGAUAAAGCGAAUAGCUAUUGGGAAGCCGAGUUGCCUCCUAAGUAUGACAGAGUUGGAAUCGAGAAUUUCAUUCGAGCAAAGUAUGAACACAAAAAAUGGGUUCCUGGGGAUGGAAAAGCGAAAUCACCUGCGAGGGUGAGUGAGGCAAUGACUUCCGUUUAUAGAGCGAGACCUGAAACUAGUACUCAACAUGUCCAUUUGAAAAAGAUGGAACAGUUUUCUGAGGAGCAGAAAGGUGCUCGUACACACGUACAUCUCUUGGUUCCUUUCUCUGUUGAUGGUGUUGAUGAAAGUAAGCUUGUUGGUCUUGGUGGACAGAUCAGUCAUGAUCCAAAACCACAAGCACUUGUGCAGAAACCAAAACAACAAGAACUUGUGCAGAAACCAAAACAACAAGAACUUGUGCAGAAACCAAAACAACAAGAACUUGUUCAGAAACCUAAACCACAAGAACUUGCACAGGAACCAAAACCAGUAGUCUUGAAAGUUGAACCAGCAAGUGAGGCGGGUAGUGUUAGGCCCGUUUCAGUACCAGUUAAAGUGGAUUAUGCUACUCAUUUGUUCAAUUUGCUAUCCAUGGAGGAAGCUGUAGAAAAUGACUCAGUGAUAUCUGCCAACACGAAUACAUUGGCUGGUAACCACGCAGUUGAAACAAAGUUGACAGAAGAGAAAAGUAAAAGGCCAGAAUCAUCCGAAAGCAAGAUUCAACCAAAAUAUGGUGGUCUCGAGGAUUUAUUUGUACAUCCAACCCCCGACACUCAACCGUUCUCAAUGAAACCUCAGAAUUAUGUGCAGAAUGACAUUAUGAACUUAUUCGAGAAGUCCAGUGUGGCUUCUCCAUCCUCUGUGCAUCAACAGCAACUUGCAAUGCCAUACCAACAACAGGCAUUACCCAUGGCGACUGUGGCGAAAUCUAGUGGAUCCCAUUCCGUUCCUGCAAACGUACAACCUGGCUCCCAUUCUAUCCAGCACUUACCCGCCCGAAAUGGGCAAAGCAUUGGUCGCCAAGUUCCUGGAUACCUGGUACCUGUUCAUCCUCAACAUUAUCCUCAGAUUGGAAACAGCUAUCAUACACGUCCGGUAGAGAAUACAGUUCCUUUCCAAACAUCAAGCAUGUACAGGACGAGGCCAGUAACACCAAUUAAUGGUGUCACAAACAUCAGAGCUAAUGGAUUUUCAUCAGCGUCACCAAUAUCUUCUUUCCCUUCAACUAAGUCAGGAAGCGAUUUCGAUUUCUCAUCAUUAACUCAAGGAUUGUUUACCAAACGGUGAGCAGUUGCUCCUGCUGCGAGUAAAACGAGCCGCUCCAAUCAAUCAUCGGUGAUUCUACAGAAUGAAAGAAAUUGAUGGAGAAUUAUUGGAGCAAUAGUAUUUUAGAUGAUUCCUUCCUAAGAUGUUGAUUUCAAUUGUAUCAGUAGGCCUGUCUCAGUAAAUUUGGGUUCAUAUUGCUUGGAAUGAAUUCACCUUCUUUUAGUUGCUUGUAAUUAGGCCUUUUCAUCUCUGUUAAAUGACGAAAACUAGGAUUAAACGUGUUCAUCCCAGCACGCGAGGUCAUGUUCAUUCCCUUCCCCUUUAUACAGAUCACGAUUGACUAAAUACGAUCCAUAUUCAUUUUUGUU